UCAUGUCCCCACCCCAGAGCGAACAAAAACAAAGAGUCCAACUGCACGCGCACUUGCACGAUCAUCCUCCCACUUUCCCCGGCCCCUCUUCCCCCCCAGUCCACGCCCCAUGCCGCCGUCGUCGCCGCCCGCCUGAUCCAAGCCAUGCCGCGCCACCACCGCCGCCGGAUCCUCCUCGAGUACGACGACGACCAUGGCGCCUGCGAUCCCUGGGUCGGCUGCCCCUCGCCUCCCUCCCCGCCUCCUCACACCUUCCCUCCAACCCCAACCCCCUCCCCCUCGCCUUCCGAUUGGUCAUUCCUGACCACCCCUCCCGUCCCGGCCUGCUCACCAGCCCCUUCCCCCGAUCGCCAGCCCGCCGCCGGCAGACGCAACCAGUGGGCAACCAACACCUACCCACCCACGACCGUCCCCGCGCCCGUCAGCGACGGCCACCACCGCCGCUUCGUCACCAACGUGCUCACCGCCGCCGCGGCCCUCGCGUUCCUCUCCCUGAUCCUCUUCGGCGUCUCGGUCGCCGUCCGCCGGCGGCAGGUACGGCGGCGGCGCAGGCAGGCCCUCCUCGCCCCGGCCCCGGCCGCGACCACCAACGACCCGGAGGGCGGCGGCGGGGGCGGCGUGGUGCACCACGUCUGGUACAUCCGGACCGUCGGGCUCGACGAGGCCGCGAUCGAGUCCAUCGCGGCGACGCGGUACCGCGCGGGGGCGCCCGGGCUCCUCGGCAAGGCCGACUGCUCCGUGUGCCUCGGCGAGUUCGCAGAUGGCGAGCUCCUGCGCCUGCUGCCCAAGUGCGGCCACGCGUUCCACGUCCCCUGCAUCGACACCUGGCUCCGCGCCCACGUCAACUGCCCGCUCUGCCGCUCCGACGUCAUCGACACCGCCGACACGCCCGCUGACGGAAUCGGCAUGGAAUCCAAUAUCAACACACCAGAUGAUCCAGUUGCGAACGCCAACGCCGCAGCCGAGCAAGUGGCUGUCGCGAGCGAUCCAACGCUGGAGCAGGAAGACGAAGACGACGACCAACAAGCUUUAAGCGUGGAAGAAGACCAGCACGAGCACCAACCCAGCUCGCCAGAGCCAUUGCCGCAGCCCCGGAAUAUGCGGCGCGCGGCUUCCAUGGACGCGGCAAUAGUCUCGGCCGCGGCAGAAGUCGCGGCGUUGGAUCGGCUGCCGGAGGCGCCCCCCGAAGGGGAGCAGAGCGACAGAGAAAAGGACCUGAGCACCGAGACGCCCGCGCCCGCCGCCGGUCCCCCGAGGUUCUUCUUCUCGCGGCACUGCCGUGCUCGGAGCUCUGUGCUGCCCUUGUGACGGCCGGCGCCACAGAGAUCCCCGACCUGAAUUUUGAUCUAGUGCUGCUAAUAACGUGCCGUCAUCAGUAGUGGCUCCAUGUGUGUAAUAUACUCCUCACUACCUGUAAUCUCAAAACCGACGAUUACAAGUUCAAACCCCGAAUGCAGUAAAAGAGAAAACUGCAAUCGAUAAGUUCAUGCAUGCGUAUUGCACAGUGUACAUGCUUUCGUUCUUCCCUGCAAAUUGGAUUCAUCAGGCUCACCAGUCCAAUUACCAUAUCAAGCCCGAUUUCUUGUUUUCGCUUUUGCUCUGAACUCUCUGAUGUUGCUGUCCCGUUCUCCUUCAAGUGCAAUUAAGAACAGAGAUCUUCCCAAAACAAGAAUAGAGAUACAGAGAUGUGGGAAGAUGAUGUUCUUCUGCGGGAAGCAGACAUUGCACUUUUGUCGGCUGGCGCUCUUUCUUUGUUUCACUCUACUGCUAUAAAAGGAUGGCAAAGUUUGUGCUAGUACAUACAUACAUUAGAAAUUGGACAAACCUUCAACA